AGUACAUAGAUCUUUUGUUCGAAAAUCUUCCCAGUAUUUUGCAGUUCCUCCGCUCCAAUGGCAAUAAUCACUGAAGAACCAGAGCCACAGCCUCGAAAAGUUAAAAAGGAACCAACUUUGCCGCCCAAAAAUCCAAAACCCAAACCAGAACCCCACACACAAGCACGAAAUAAUCCAUUCAUUUUCUGGUUUUACUUCACUCUUUCAGUCUCUCUAAUCACUCUCGCAACUGUCAUUCUCUCUUCUGCCUCUUCCUCUUCAGACCCCAGAUCCUUUUUCCUUUCCCUUCCGACCCCUCUGCGCCAACACUACUCUAAAGGACGUACCAUUAAAGUCCAGCUAGCCCAGAACCUACCACCUACCGAGAUUUUCGCAGUGGAAAGCAGGAGCAAGGGUUAUGUGACUGAGAAGGUACUGAUUAUUCAUGGCUUGGGUCUCAGUUCUUUUUCGUUUAGGAAAGUGAUUGACUUUUUGGGCUCAAAAGAGAUUCAUGGAGUUGUGUUUGAUUUGCCUGGGAAUGGAUUCUCUGAUAAGUCAGUAGAGGUGUCUGAGGAGAGAGGAAAUGGGAUUUUGGAGAGGUUAUUGGAUGCGUAUGGUUUGAUUAAAGAGAAGGGUCUGUUUUGGGUUUUUGAUAACAUGGUUGAAACAGGUGAGGUUCCUCAUCAGGAAAUUGUGGCUCAUUAUAAUAAAUUAAAGAGUGUGGUUAAGCCUAUUGCAUUGGGCAGUGAAGAAAUGGGCAGAAUUUUGGAACAAGUGAUUGAAACAAUGGGGUUAGCCCCUGUGCAUUUGGUUUUGCAUGAUUCAAGCUUAGGAAUGGUGGCAAAUUGGGUUUUGGAGAACUCAAAUUUGGUUAGAAGCAUCACUCUUGUAGAUAUUGGGUCAAGACCAGCUUUGCCUUUGUGGGUUUUGAAAAUGCCAGUAAUUAGAGAGAUUGUUUUGGGAUCAAAUUUUGCAUAUGAGAGAUUGAUUCACUUGUGUUGUUCUAGGGGGAUUGGUGGUUUGGAUUUGGAGGCACAUAGAGUGAUUCUGAAAGGAAGGGAUGGGAGGAGAGCAGUUGUGGAUACGGGAAAGAAGUUGAAUUCUAGCUUUAGUAUAGCAGAAUGGGGUGGUUUGGACGGGAUAAAGGAAAUGCCAAUGCAGGUGAUGUGGUCUAACAGUUGGUCCAACGAGUGGAGUGAGGAGGGGCGCAGGGUAGCUGAGGCACUUCCACAUGCAAUAUUUGUUUCUCACUCCAGUGGGCGGUGGCCUCAGGAAGAUGCUGCAGAUAAGCUAGCUGAGAAUAUUGUAAAGUUUGUAUCCUCUUUACCAAAAUCAAUUAGGAAAGGUGAAGAAGAACCUAUACCAGAGCAUAUCCAGAAAAUGUUGGAUGAAGCAAAAGACGGUGACCAUCACCAUCACCAUCAUCAUGGUCAUGGUGGCCAUGAUCACCAUCACGGUCAUGCUCAUGCAGCGGGAUACAUGGACGCAUAUGGACUUGGCCAUGGAUGGGGCACUUGAUCUAUUGCCUUCACUGCACCAAGACUCUCAGAGAGUGCUUAGUAGUCACCAAUUAGAGGUUGAAUCUAAACAUGGCAUUACUCCCAUUAUGUGCCAUAUCUUUUGUGUGUACUUCCCUAAUAUGCAUUAUUGUACCAAAUUCCUUUGCUAUGGCUGGAUUUUAUAAUACCAAAGAUGCUCUUGAAGA